AGAAAAGAGGCAGAAAACAACAGCCAGAAGAGAAACUAAAAAUGCGGGAAGCAACUCAGCACAGUCGUUACAAGUCAAUUGUCGAGUAAAGACGUGUGUAAAGCUUGAAUAAAAGCACUGUUGAUGUAACACAUUUACUUACUACUAAUAAGACUAAACUAAAUCGCGGUAACAAAUAGUGCCUCUUGUAUAAAUAAAUAAAACGGUUUCAUUACUAAAAUAAAACUUUUUGUUAAUUAAACGCUAUUAUUAAAAAUUAUUCAAAUAUCUAAAUAACAUAUAAACGCUAAAUUACAUAUUAUUUUUGUAUUAAAAAGCCACGAUACUAUAUAACGGAAGUGUCCAACAAGUGUUUUUUAAUCAAAUGAAACAGAUUAAAAGAAAAAAUCUCUAAAAUUUUAAAACGCAGCUAUUAUCUAAUAAGCUUUAUAAUAAAUUCAUAAAGUAAAAAAAAAAAAUUUUUUUUGAAUAUAAAAAAAUUAAUACCUUCGUAAAAAAAAUUUUUAUAUAUUUAAACUUCUCAAGUGAUUCACCAGCAGAGCAACAAAAAGAGACGCACUACGCCAUAAACAUACACGGCGAUAGGUGCGAACGCAAUAGCAACAACAACAGCGUGAGUCAUAAAAGUGAAAUGAAAAUGCGGAUAAAAAGAGAAUCUCCGUGCCUUCUUUUGAGAUUUAUGCCAAUCAACAAAAUCGCUAAUCACAAAGAUUAUAAUAGUCAUAAAAGAUCAAAAGAAAAUUUAACAGCAACAACGCCAUGUGAUGAACAAAUGCCGAUUUCCACCUCAUCAUCCACAUCUUCAAAUCGUUCACCACUAACGAGAAGUUGUUCCAGUCCUGCUGUGUAUGACAUUGAAACGCAUCCCGCCUCACCAGUUUUUCCACAUUUGCUGCUUGGUAACGGCAGAGAUGCUGAUGAUCCAAGUAGAGUUGGUGCAAAUUGUGUGUUAAAUGUUACCUGCCAAAAGCCCACAACAAAUAAUAUGCCGGGCUUAAAAUACAUGCAAAUACCUGCCAGUGAUACACCACAUCAAAAUAUUAAACAAUAUUUUCAGGAAGCGUAUGAUUUUAUAGUAAAAAGUUUAUGGAAACAACGAUAUUACGGUCAUGCUUACGACUUACGAUAUUUGCAAGCUUUACCAUUGUACACGUUCUACGGAGUGGGUAGCACUGCUUUUUAA